GGCUAAACUCUGGAAAGCAGAUAGCAGAUAGUUACAUUGUUUCUUCUGUUUUGCAAUUCCAUCCGAUCUUUAAUCUGAAUGGAUUAACCCGCGAUAAACCCCAUACGCCUGCAGACGAACCUUCCCCAAAGCCCCCCCAGAGCUCGUUCCGAUCGUCAAGGACCAUUGCACAAAAUGGCAGUCUCGACUUCUUCACCGCGAUUGCACUUCGAACCCGAUAGUGUACCUUUACCUACUUCAUCUGAUAAUGCAGAACCAGCUUCUCCUGCGCUGUCGUCUUCGACAGCUCUUGCACGUUUUGAAUUCGAAUCUGGCCGAGGAAAUGAAGGAACAAAAAUAUUGAUGGUAGAAUGGGAAGAUGAAUCUGCUGAAGGAUCCAUCAAAAAUAUGGGAGAUUGGGAGGUAUCAUGGGAAGGGAAAAGCACCGUUCUAUCUGCACGAGAUGGAGCAGAAGGUAAACUUCAUCGACUUUACUUUCUACUGGCUCCGGGAGCUAGCAUACCAAGAAUAAUAAAAUUAUCACAAGUGGGAGGGAAGACAAUUCAAACAAACCCAUUACCUGCGAUAUUCCCACCCGAAUUAGGCUUGACUGCACGACAAGCUGGACGGAAAGGAGUGUUACACACAAUAUGGGCGAAGAAAAGAAUAUCUGUCUUACAAAGGGAAAUUGACGAGGAAAUGAAAACAAAUGGGGAGGGGAUAGGUUUAGAAAUGGCCAUGCAGGAAAAGCAAUGGAUUGAGGAAAACUUUGGUGUUGGGCCAAGAGUUACACAGCCAGAUUUACAACAGAAUGCUACUCCAACUAGUCCAAAAACACCCGGUGGUGGUAGGUUAUCCGAGAAGCUUAAGGGGCUGAAGUUAGGAACUAGUGCCCACGACUUAAGUAAUAUUUCAGAACCCAAAUUCGAAAGUCAGCAAAAUCCACUAUCCCCUGAACAGGGCGAUGUCGCUGUAUCGUCGUUCUCCUUGUUUCAUGGAGGAACUUCGCGUCAUCAACCACCACGUCUUGUCGCUCAACUUCCACCUAAUCAUUCCUCUCAAUAUGGAAUGAAUUCUCUAAAUGCUGUUGCAAUUGGUGAUGUGUUACAAAGAACAUCAGAAGAAGAUCAAACGGAAGAUGAAUUAUUCGCCAUCAAGAUGAGUCCAAGAAGUCCGGAGAUGACCAAAAGUCCUUUUAGUUUCGCAACUAAGGACGUAGCUUUGAGCAUGGCUCAAAAGGAUUAGGAAGCUCUAUCGCCAUAUCUUUGGAAGAAAGUCGAGAAAUUUACUUACGAUGAUAUGACUGAUGAAACAAACGAAAGAAUUGAACGAAUUGAGUUGACAAAGUACUCACAACACUGGGAGGUUAGAUUUUCAAAAGCUACGAAAACACUCGCUUUAUACCCACUACUUUGGUCGUCGAAAAUUUGGAUUUGGAUAAAGUCUUAGCGGCUUAUUUUAGAUAGUUAUUUGGUCACCAAUUUUUUAUUCCCCA